UAAGCUAGGCUAGUGGGGGCAGAUUCCUGACGCCUUACUUGCUCAGUUUCCCUCUUAAUUUUCGAGCGUUCUUUUGGAAACAUGGCAGACAAAUACACACGUUUGUUGUGCCGUCAGAUGAAAGCAGAAGGAUUCUGACAUUGUAAAGCACAUCUGUUCCAGCAGUGGGAGCUUCCCUCGCCGUGCCCCGGCAGCACAGAUGCCAGCGCACUGCGCGGCGCACGGCUGCACCAACCGGAGGAACACCGACACCAGGCAGCAGGGAAUCACCUUCCACAGGUUUCCCAGAGAUGGCGGCUGCAGGAGGAGGUGGGAGCGGGCCCUGAGACGAGCAGGUUUUGCUGCCAGUGAUGAGUCUGUGCUCUGCAGCCAGCACUUCAGGACUUCAGAUUUUGACAGGACCGGUCAGACGGUGCGGAUCAGACCUGAUGUUAUUCCGUCUGUGUUCAACUUCCCGGAUCGUCACCAAAGACCUGAAACAACCAGGACCACGGCCACGUCAAGGCGAGCUGAGCAGAGCCUGCAGGCAGACAUUUCUCCAAACGCCCCUGAAAAACAACAGCAGCCCAAUGUUGAACUUGACCACAACUAUUCACUGCCCUGUUCUCCCGCCGCUCUAAAGGCCAAACUCAGCGAAGCUUCGGCCAGAGUGUUGAGCCUGGAGAAGGAGAAGAGGAACGCUCAGGUGCGAGAACGGAGGGCAAAGCAUGUGAUAAACGCUCUUCUUACGGAUCUGAGGGAGAAGAACCUCCUGAAUAAAGAGCUGAAUGAGAGGCUACAAUCAUAUUCUGAUCUUCCUUUAGACCUCUUUAAAAAGAGGAAGCAAAAUAAGUCCUCGAAGAAACGUCCUCAACAUCGACACGUUGAUGCAGAAGAUUCCUAAAAUGCCUGAAGAUCAGCAGAAUGUCCUGACCUGCAGGUUCAGCCAGGAUCAUGUGGAGCUGCUCUUUAACUCAAUCAGAGCAUCAGGUGGCUGGAACAGCAGCCCCACAGCUGGCCAGUCCCAGGCCCUCCUCCACAGACUGGUGGCACGGGGUGGGGGGGUCAAGCCUGCUCAGUCUGGCAGCGUGACAGGGCAGGAUGCCCAUCACCACGCCACAGUGUCCCUACAUGCUGCUGAGAUGUCCUCCAUCGAUGCUGCUGAGGAGCUUCCGUCCCCGUUCCCCCCCUCCCUUCCCGUCUCGGUGGCCCGGUGGGCGAUGCUCUUGUUUACAUCGCUGGCUUUGUUGUUGGGUGGAUCCUGGCUGUCCUGUGAUGUGUGCCGUGCCGGCCUCGUGUCAGACGCUGUGCCAUCAUCAUUCAGCGAGAGCUACCGUCUCCUAAAGCUGAAACACAGUGGUGGGCCUGUGACCCCUCGGACGGCACGGUGAAGGCGGUGAGAGCUGCGGGGAGGGCCAUUUGCCGUUCUCCAAGGCGAGCGCCACAGGAGGCAGUGGACACACAAUUUGUCCAUGAAGGAGUUGGCACACAGGAUGUGUUUUCGCUCGGGGAGCACAUUGAGGAAACGCCGUUGGGCGUCGAUAACCAUCAGUCCCUCUGGCUAACUUUAAUCGUGUGUGUGUUGAUGAAGAUGAGGCUGCACCACGUCACCAGAAUGACUUCCCUCGGCUUUCAGAGUGGAAGCACAAGAGAGAAGCUGUGCAAAACAGUUCUCUUUCAGGGGUUCUAGCCUCAUAGUGUCAUAAACUGGUUCCCAAGUUUUUGAAUUGCAGGGACCCCCGUUCUGAUCCCAGUGUGUCCCGUGGGGUUUUGAUAUAACGGGUCUAAUCCCCUCAGCUCAUUUGGUUCCUUUUAGACAUUCUUACUUAUCUGGCCCCCAUGGAACCCUAAAGUCUUGAAUUUCAUUUCUGAAAAUGAUGGUCUCAAAAAGUCUUUAAAAGGUCUGGAAUUAGAGGAGUGGAGGGAUUACAUUUACGUUUCACUUGAUUGUUCAUUUCUUGAAUUACCGAGGCACAUAAAUAUCAACUGACUGCAUUUACAAAUAUCUGACAACUAUUUUUGAGUGUAUAAUUUGAUAAUUUUGCUUUGUCACAGAAAUGUUAUUUUUUUUUCAUUGAAGAGUAUGGAAAAUAUUUUAGUGAUAUUCAGUGCCAAAACCUUUUUUUUUUUUUAAAUAAAGUGUAAAACAGCUCCAUAUUCUGAUAGACGACAUUGAUAUAGAGGAUGGAAAACAAGAAAUUCACAAAGGGUAGAAGAACAAAUUAAAUAAAAUCAUACAAAUAAUUUCACAAAAAAUGUAGCCAAAAAUGGAAUUUAAGUGUAUUUUAAGAUGACUUUUUUUAUUUGUCAAAUUAACUUACAGCUUUAAGUAAUUAAAUUUGUACUUAAAAAAAAAAGAAAACUGAUACAGAAAGACACAGAUACCCUGCUUACAGGACCAAUGGAGUCCCAUAAUUUGUUAAUAAAUGUAAUACAAGAUCAAAUUCAAUAAAAUCAUAUAUGUAUAUAUAUAUAAUUACAAAAAAUGUGUAAAAGAUUGAAUUGGAGAUGGCUUUUAAUUGAAGCUGAUAAAGUGUAUUUUCUGAUUGGAUACAGAUCUCUUACCAAGAAAUCUAUAUCCACUCAGAACAGUGUACCCUAAAAAGACACUAUCAGCUUCAAUAUUAAUUAUUAAAAUAUUUCUUAUUCCAUUUUUUACUAUUUUUGAAAAAUUGUACUCAUUAUUUUAUUGAAUUUUAUACUCUCUCCUUUGUGAGAUAUUUGUUUCAGAAGAAACUGAUACCCAAAAUACUGAAUCCUCACUCUAUAGUAAUGACUUCUGUUUAAAAUGGUUUAAAACAGGUUUCACUGUUUAUUAUAACUCUUACUUGAAAUGAAAGGUUCU